CCCUCUGCGGCUGUCCUCUCAGUCUGCCCUGAAGCUGCUUAGUGACCAAGAACUUGGACCAGGACGCAGCUGACAUCGCUGCCCAGAUGGCCUCCAGGCUGACCCCACUGACCCUCCUGCUGCUGCUGCUGCUGGGUGGGGAUAGAGCCUUCUCAGAUUCCGAAGCCACCAGCCACAGCAACCAGGAUCCACUGGUGGCUCAAGAGAAAAGCAGAGACAGCUUCCCUGAAAGAGAUGGCUUCUGGAGUCCCAAUGAGCCCACAAUACAGUCAACAACCAGUGUAUCCACCAAAAUAACAAAUGACACCGCCAUGGAUAAAGUAGCCAACAAGUCCCUCAUCCAGCCAACUGCUCAACUACCCAUGGAUUCUCCCAUCCAGUCCCCUCUGAACUCUUCCAGCCAGUCCCUUCUGAACUCUUCCAGCCAGCCCUCCACAACCUCAGAUCCUCCCACCCAGGCUCCUACUGAACCCUUCUGCCCAGAGCCACUUGCUUGGUGCUCUGAUUCAGACAGAGACUCCUCAGAGGCUCUGCUCUCGGAGGCUUUGACAGAUUUCUCUGUGAAGCUCUACCACGCCAUCUCAGCUAGCAAGAGUGCUGAGACCAACAUGGCCUUUUCCCCAUUCAGCAUUGCCAGCCUCCUCACACAGGUUCUUCUUGGGGCUGGAGACAGCACAAAGAGCAACUUGGAGAAAAUCCUUUCCUACCCCGAGGAUUUUGCCUGUGUCCACCAGGCUUUAAAGGACUUUUCAUCCAAAGGUGUCACUUCUGUGUCUCAGAUUUUCCACAGCCCAGAUCUGGCCAUAAGGGAUGCCUAUGUGAAUGCCUCUCAGAGCCUGUAUGGAAGCAGCCCCAGAGUCUUGGGCCCAGACAGCGAUGCUAACUUAGAACUCAUCAACACCUGGGUGGCCGAGAACACCAACCACAAGAUCAGUAAACUGCUAGACAGCCUGCCCUCCGACACUCGCCUCGUCCUUCUCAAUGCUGUCUACUUGAGUGCCAAGUGGAAGAAAAAAUUUGAGCAAAAAAAAAUGAUGGCACCUUUUCUCUACAAGAACUCUUUGAUUAAAGUGCCCAUGAUGAAUAGCAAAAAGUACCCUGUGGCCCAUUUCAGUGACCAGACUUUGAAGGCCAAGGUGGGACAACUGGAGCUCUCACACAACCUGAGCUUUGUGAUCAUGGUACCCCAGAGCCCGAAGCAGCAACUUGAAGAAAUGGAAGAGGCGCUCAACCCCACCGUCUUCAAGGCCAUCAUGAGGAAGCUGGAGCUGUCCAAAUACCAGCCCACGUACCUGAUGAUCCCUCGUAUCAAAAUAAAGAGCAGCCAAGACAUGCUGUCCGUCAUGGAGAAACUGGAAUUCUUUGACUUCUCUACCGAUCUCAACCUGUGUGGGCUGACCGAGGACCCGUAUCUUGAGGUGUCUGCCAUGAAACAUGAGACGGUGCUGGAACUGACAGAGACAGGCGUAGAAGCAGCUGCAGCUUCUGCCAUCUCCGUGGCCCGAAACUUACUCAUCUUUGAGGUGAAGCAACCAUUCCUCUUCCUGCUCUGGGACCAGCAACACAAGUUCCCAGUCUUCAUGGGCCGCGUAUAUGACCCCAGGGCCUGACAGAGGCAGGAAUCGGGCUUGAGUAAAUAGUGCUCCCCAGGCUUCUGCUCAUCCGGUUAUUUCCUUGCCACUGCCUGCCCUAGCCACUUCCAGCCUUAGGAACUGGCAGACGGAACUGUUUCCAUCCACCAACUCCCAGGCUCUCGACCACUUUUUUUGCAGUUUUAUGGUUUAAGCUUAUCAAACUCUACAAAUAAAGCUUGCAGACAUUUUCUUCUCUCACUA